UGAAAAUAUUCUAGCUGUAACAACGGCAUUAGUGUAAACACGCCACCAAUUCGGAAUUGAGGAUAAAAAUUGAAAUUCAACGAAUCCUGAUCUCUUCGAGCCGAUUGAGCCGAGUUCCAGUUUUCAAUGGACGAUCCUGAGCGAUGAUAUGAUACCGACUUAACAACGGCAAGAGAUGCACCGUAGCGGAUACAAAGUUCCCGCAGAAUUCAAUCACAUGUUACGUUAUCCGGUCAUCGCGCUAUGACAGCCAAGAUAUAUCGCGGCCUCCUGAUUCGCAUGAUAAUUAAAUACGAGUUAUCACGAGAAGAGGCGACGGUAUAUCACGGCAUUCCUUCGACGCAACGCUUUGUGUUUUCCCCGGCUCCGCCAUACUGCACCGAUAACACUGAUGAUAUCGAUUUAAAAAGGUUACAACUCCUAUUAUGUCGCCUCUACGACGCCGACAAACGAGCAGCGUCAGCAAUCCCAGUGAGAUGGCUUGCGAAGCGUGUAGUACCAAGUUCAAUUUGUUUAAGAGGAAAAAACAAUGUAUGGAUUGUCUGAGGUACUUUUGUUCUGAAUGCGUGAUCAAACGUUUGGACAAAGUGUUUACCUGCGACAGUUGCAGUAUAUUAUCCAGAAGACCCCUUGUGAGAAACCAAAUUAGACAAAUGCGUUCCAGAGACUUGCGGCAAUAUCUUGUGGCAAAAAAGGUUUCCAUCAAGGGAUGUGUUGAAAAAGAAGAUUUGGUGCAUGUACUAAUGCUUUUUGCUAAUGGAACUGACCCUUGCUUGAGUACCGACUAUAGUACAAAUGUCAGCUCACAAAAUACUACCAGGGAACCACUGUCCAGAGUCGACUUUUCCUUAAACAGAACAGAAGAUAUGCCAAACGUCAGUACCGAAAGUGAGGUGACGCAUGAUGACACGCGGGCACAAGCGAAUCCCCCAAGCGAUCCCAUGGGAAACGAAGACGUCGAAAUCGCGGAAGAAGUAACCGAAAGUGACAGUAGUCCGAUCAUUAGUGUGCCACUUAGUACUGAUGAAUCGCCUAGCGAGGGCCCGACGAGAAAUAAUAAUGUCGAAAUAGAGGAAGUAUUUGAGUGUGAUAGCAGUGCGACCGAUGCGGCGCCGGAGCCGAUAAUUACCGAACAGGAUGACAUUUCUGAAACUUCAAACGUGGUACAAUCAGACAUGGUCACGGAAAUUCCUACGUGGUCAGACAAAGUGCAACUAUCGGAUAUAAAGGAAGCGUCGGAACUAGAGUAUCUAAGUGUUAAACAAUUAAAAAGUCUGUUGAGCACAAAUCGUGUAGAUUACAAAGGCUGCAUAGAGAGGCAAGAACUAUUUAACAGAGUGUCCAGAUUGUGGCAGGAAUACAAGCAGUCUAGGAAGGACGUGGAGGGACUGAGCGAAGAAGAGAUAUGUAAAAUUUGUUGGGACGCACCGAUCGAGUGUGUAAUCUUGGAAUGCGGACAUAUGGCUUGCUGUAUUAAUUGCGGUAAACAAAUGUCCGAGUGUCCGAUAUGCAAACAGUACGUCGUCCGUGUUGUACGAUUCUUCAAAGCUUGAUGAGCCAACGAUUAGAGCGAAGCAAGGAUGGCUAAUCUUAAACUCACAUAAAGUCAGACACGCUUUCAUCUGUUAUUAUUGUCACCAAGGUUAAUAAUACUGAUGAGGUCAAUAAGGUUAAGAUUAAUAUCGACAUUUUCUAAGGGUAGAUCGAUCCUGACGCGUGUAAUUCGAAAUAUAAAGAAAAUUGAUGUACGGAAAGAUAUCAAGUUGUGAUAAAAUUUUGUGGCUAGACAAGCGUAUCAACGUAUAUCGAUGAAAGAUAGCAUACAUCUAUAUCAAGUUCAGAUGCGGGCCUUACAACAAAUGAUAAAUUCCAAGUUUCGGUUCCAGAUAACUGGCUCUGCAGAAUUUCUCGCCACUUUUAAAAACAUAGUUCUAUAUGUUUAAAAAAAUAUUUAUUUAGAAACAAACGUCCCUCCGGCACACUGUGCUCUGUAUAUUAAUUAGAUGUUGUAUAUCGUAAUGAACUUUUAAAAUAUCAAUGAAGAAUAUAAAGUUUUUAUGUCACGGAGCUGUACGUCAUCCUCUGAUGCUUCUACCUGCUGUGAUCAUUCGUGUGAAAUAUCGUAUUUGCAAAAUCGAUUAUUUUUAUGAAUAAAUUUUUCAACGAAACAAAUGUUCAUGGUAGUUAGGUUACUUCUUUGAGAAAGCAUCAACGAUGUCACGCAUGUGUGAUGGUUGUAGACAAUAAUGUCAAAGGAAGCGGAAAAUCAAAACUGACUAUUUUAACCGGUCAAAUAUAUAAUAUUGAAAUAAU